ACCGAGUCGGCAUCCUUCCUUUCGGUCGCAGGCUGCUGCAGCCGUCUGACAAGUAACGUCCCCAGAAGUCAGCUGUUGCUGGAAAAUUGGUUGUAAUUUUAUUUUGGAGGGCACUAACCACCCAACAAUAUGCCCAUGUACCAGGUAAAGCCCGUCUUUGGGAUGACAUAAAGAUUGAUUGCCAACCUGCAUGUACAAAUUGCCGAAUAUCCACGCGCAGAGAAGUGCAAGUAGCUGCUCCGAACAUGCGCUUCAGAAUGGAGGGACAGAGGUGGACCCUGCGUUCAGAGACCUGGAGGUACGUCAGGAUGAGAUCAUGCGCAGGCUCUAUGAACUGAAGGCAGCUGUGGAUGGCCUGGCCAAGACCGUGACCACACCCGACGCUGACCUGGACCAGACUGUGACUUCUCUCUCCCAGAGCCCCACAGCCACAGCCUUUAGAGGCACCUCAGACCUGGACUCCCUACUGGGCAAGGACUUGGGUGCCCUCCGGGACAUUGGAUCAACGCCAAUCCGGCACGACCGCCCCUCACCCUGCUGGUGCUCCACGCAAUGCUGUGCCAGCGCUACCGGGUGCUCUCCAGCGUGCAUGUCCACUCGUCAGUGUCCGCGGUGCGCGCGCAGCUCCUCUCCUGCCUGGGCCGCGCCACGCAGACAGCUACGUCCGCCAGCGUUUCCAGCUGGGCUUCACCCUUAUAUGAAAGAUGUCUCAAAGCUGCAGAUGAAGUUCAGUAUUCAGAACAUGUGCCCCAUCGAGGGCGAGGCCAACGUGGCGCGCUUCUUGUUCCGCCUCGUUGCCCCUUACCCCAGCGACCCCGCCCUGGCUACACUGGUGGACAGUUGGGUGGACACAGCCUUCUUCCAGYUGGCUGAGGGAAGCGCUAAGGAGCGGUCGGCAGUCCUCCGCGCCCUCAACGGCGCYUUGGGUCGCGACUCCUGGYUGGCCGGUCCCGAGCUCUCGCUGGCUGACAUCGCCUGUUAUUGCUGCGUCCUCCAGACAGGCCCCGCCGCCUCCUCUCCGGCCAACGUCCAGCGCUGGCUUAAGGCGUGUGAGAACCUGGGCCACUUUGGCCCCGCCCACCCUCUACUGCAGUGACCACAGCUGCCUAGCAGAUCUCAGGGUACUUCCAUGGAGUAGGUAGAAGAUACCCACUAGCCAUUGAUCCAGAGUCAGAUAUUGCCUCAGUCCCCUUGUUGGGAAUAGAGGUUUGGGGGUGAAGUAAUAGUCUGACCCUAGAUCUGUGUAAGGGUGACUUCUUCCUGGAGCGCCACCAGGGCCCAGCCUAUGGGGUUUAACUGUAUCUCUGCACUGUGCUCAGAACAAAAAGGGAAUCAUUGAAUGUCACAUCCCAAUACUCUAGAAAUGCUCCCUYACUCACUUGUGUAUCUAAGCUUUGCAAUGACUGAACAGAUAUAGAUAGUGAAGGCGGUAUGGUGGAGCCAGAAAUAACGUUGUUUCUGACACAUUACUUUCACCUGUUUUUAGUCAUUGUGGAUUGUUGAUUUCUUGAAGGGAGCAUUUUAAGAGGAUUUGGAAUGGGCAUGAAUUGAAUUAUAAAAGGGCUGUAAACGCAGUACUCCCUCCCUCGUGCCUAACAAGAUGAUCUAAACAGAUGGGGGGGGGUAAUGGGGUGUGACUUGCUGUUUAACUAAAGAGGCGGUUGAAAUAUGUGACGCAACAGGACCUACUGAUGUGAUAUCUACAGUAUGAAAAGUAAAACUUUGUCGUGUUUUUGUUCUUAAAUCACUAAAAUGUCCACUUUGGAUCAAACUUUGAA